CGGCAACAUCUUGUACAAAACAAAUGGAUUCAACAAAUACAAAUGAUGAAUUUAAAAUUAAUGGAACUGGAUCAAAUCCAUAUUGCAUGGUUACAAAUAAUACAAAAAUAGUUUAUGAUGAUCAGCCAAUUGAACGUAAAAAUGCAAAAUCAACAUUAAAUCAAAUUGGUUACAUCGAUGUUGGUGGUUUAAAAAAACCAUUAAAAAAAAUUAGAGGAAUGGUUGAAUUACCAUUAGAACAACCACAAUCAUUUAUAACAACUGGUGUUAAACUGUCACAUGACAUCCUUCUCAUUGGACCACCUGGCACAGGUAAAGUAUUGAUGGUACGUGCAGUGGCAAAUGAAACAGGUACCUUCUUCGUCUUAAUUAAUGGCUCAGACAUAAUGUCAAAAUCAACUAAUGAAGCCUACUCUAGUUUAAGUAACGCAUUUGAAGAGAACAAUUUGAAGAAAUCAAAGAAAUCUUCAGCUAUCAUUGUCAUCGAUCAAUUCGAUGUAAUUGCUUCAAAACGUGAAGAAACACAUGGCGAAAGUGAACGUCGUGUUGCAUCAAAAUUAUUAAAAUUAAUGGAUGAACUUAAAUAA